AUGCAACUCAUAACAUCAGAUGGAAUUGUUGAAAAUGAUGUGCACUCCAGUUUUGUCCAGUGGGGACUGAAGGGUCCUGAACGCAGAGAGAUACAGAGAGAGAUUUUAUCUGUUUUAGGAUUGCCUCAUAGACCAAGACCUCACUUACAUGAGAAGACAUCUGCCCCAAUAUUCAUGAUGAAUCUUUACAAUUCAGUAAGUAUCAAUGAAGAGAGAAAAGAUAGCUUUCAGUACUUUAAUUUUUUUACCAAGGAUGAUCCUUCCCUUGUCCAUCUUCAUGAAAACCACUUUCUUACUGAUGCGGAUUUUGUUAUGAGUUUUGUUAACCUAGUGGAGAAUGACACCAAAUUCUGUCACCAAUGCUACAGGUUUGAUCUUGCUGAUGUUCCAGUUGGAGAACAAGUGACAGCAGCUGAGUUGCGCGUAUAUAAAGAUGCAACAAACUACAAUGAAACCUACCAAAUCAACAUCUACCAGGUGCUUCAGGAACAUUCUAGUCAGCUGUUAAAGCUGGACAGCCAGAUAAUCACAGGUGCAGAAAGUGGAUGGUUGACAUUUGACAUUACUGCAUCAAGCAAUGAUUGGGUGGAUAAUCCUCAGGACAAUCUUGGACUACAAAUGAGAAUAGAAACGAUGGACAGGAAAAGUGUUAAGGCUCAAUCAGUUGGUCUAGUUGAUAAAAGUGGACCACAGGAGAAGCAGCCAUUUAUGGUGGCAUUUUUUAAAACUGCAACAAUUCACCUACGUAGUGUUCGUUCUGCAAACAGUAAACACACACACCAAGACAAAAAGGUGGUAAAGGAACACAACCUUCCAUUAGCCAAUAUUACAGAGAACUUUAUGAGUAGCAGCGGUAGUAAUAGUGGGCAUCGAUUCUUGAAACAGGCCUGCAAGAAGCAUGAACUGUAUGUGAGUUUCCGUGACCUUGGCUGGCAAGAUUGGAUAAUUGCCCCAGAAGGAUAUGCUGCUUACUACUGUGAAGGGGAAUGUGCUUUUCCACUCAACUCUUACAUGAAUGCUACUAAUCAUGCAAUUGUCCAAACCUUAGUUCACUUUAUUAAUCCUGAGACUGUCCCAAAGCCAUCUUGUGCCCCUACAGAACUUCAGGGAAUCUCUGUCUUGUAUUUUGAUGACAAUUCCAAUGUUAUAUUAAAGAAGUACAGAAACAUGGUGGUGAGAUCAUGUGGCUGCCACUAG